AUGGAGUUUGGUCUGAGCUUGGGACAUUCAUCAAAAUCAUUUGAGUUUUUGACAAAGAAUCAAGAGUUUACGACCACCACCAACAACACUGUUGGUGAAUUGGCAAAAUCUAUAGGGACUAAAGGGCUAGUUGCUAGGCAAGUGGUGGAUAUAGCCUCAACUGGGGUCUCCACUGUAGGAAUGGAAGAGCUAGAGUUCAUUCAUCUACACAAGACCGCCGCAUUGCUGGAGACUACGGUGGUGCUGGGGGCUAUGCUCGGCAGGGGUGAUGCGGCAAAGGUUGAGCAAUUGAGGAAAUUUGCGAGGUGUAUUGGGUUAUUGUUUCGGGUGGUUUAUGAUAUUCUUAAGGUUACAAAGUCAUCUUGGGUCUGCACAGUGAAAAUAUUCGGGUCUGCCCAGUGA